CGGGGGCGGUUCUUGCAGGGCUUUAAGAAGGGCUGGGGACGGGGCUGGCAGCCAGAAGGGGACAGCCCCAGCCGGCAGCACUUGCUCCCCGACGAGAGGGAAGGAAGGAAAACCUCGGCUUGCUGCUGCCUGGCCCCGCGGGCGAUGGAAGCGGCUCCUCUCCUCCUCCUCAGCGCACUGUGGGGCUGCAGCGGACGACCGCUCGCCGAGAUGGUGGUGGAGCCACGGGAGCCGCUGGUGCGGUACGGGGACGCGGUGCAGCUGAACUGCUCGCUGCCCUGCACGGGCGCCAUGGUGCAGUGGAAGGGGCUGGACACCAACCUGGGCAGCAUCGACUUCUUCCCCACCCACAGCGUCCUGCACAUCAACAGCGCCGAGGUGGCCACGGAAGGCACCAAGAUCUGCCAGGGCACCUGCGGCGAGGAGCACUACCAGAAAUCCGUCAACCUGAAGGUUUACUCCCUCCCGGACACGCUGCAGCUCGAUGCUCAGCCACCUGCCCUGGUGCCGGGUCAGCCCGCCACACUGCGCUGCUCGGCCCAGCGCGUGUACCCCCCCGGGAAGCUGGAGGUCACCUGGUACCGGGGGGACCAAGAGCUGCAGAGGGAUGGCCCUGAUGCAACGGAGACCGAUGAGGAGCUGUUCGACAUCGAGGCCACGCUGCGGGUAGCAGGGGAGGACGUGGUGGAGGGCGUGCUGUUCAGGUGCAAGCUGACACUGACUGUCAGGACGGAAACCUUCACCCGCGAGGCGUCGGUGGCUGUGAGCGCAGGGGCUGUGGCAGAGCAGCCGGCAGCCGUGGUCACCUCCACGGAGAGCCCCCGCACCACGACAACCACGAUGGGGAGCCUCAGCACCACCAGGCCUGUGCCCACCACGGCGCUGUCCCCAGAGCCGGGUGACCCCACGCGUGAUCCCACCUCAGCCCUGACCACUGCAUCGCAGGAGCCCAAGACCACCUCAGAGCAGGCUGCUGCUACUGAACCCCCCCCAGAGGAGCGCUCCACUCCUCAGGCCCCCGUGGUGGGCAGCCCCUCCGCACGUCCGGCCACUGCCACGGUUCCCAGCUCCAGCCCCACGAGCCCCCCAGCCGGGGGCCUGGCCGAGGCAGAGGGCACGGCUGCGGGUGGCACCAGCCGGGGCUCCCAUGCAGUGGGGAUGGGGACAGCACCCGCCUGCAGCCUGCGGAUCUGGUCGCUGCCUCCCAACGGGACGCGGGGCAGGGCCCUGAGCAUCGGGUGCCACGCGCAGUGCGCUCACAAUGCCACCGUCCGCUGGCUGCGCACCCCCGUGGCCCUGUCGCAGUACCGGGAGGAGGUGGCGGGCAGCGGCUCCACGCUGCAGCUGGACCACGCUGAGCCCCGGCACCAGGGUCACUACCAGUGCAUCCUGCAGGGCCACCACUCCCAGGCGGUCAGCCUGCAGCUGGUGGUCUCGGAUGAUGUGUUCAGCGCUGACCCUGCCAUAGCCAUGGGGACAACGAUGUCACUCCUGGGACUGAUAGUGACCGGCGUCGUAUCUCGUCGCCUGUGGAAGCGAUUCAAGUCGCAGUAUGAACUGUCCUAAGAGCGGGGACUGCCUGUCACUGCCCCAUCACUGCACCAGUCCCUGCCGUCGUCCUGCCCGCUGCGGGGCUCUCCCGGCGGCAGGAAGCCGAGCUCCGACGGAGCCGGGCAGCCCGGCCCCAGCAAUGGGACCGCAGGAGCUGGUGGGGCGCAGGGUGCUGCCCUGAGACCCCACAAAGAGCGGGCCCGGGGGGAGCUGCCCCUGCACCUCUCUGAGCACGGCCGCCCCUGCGCUCCCUCGCCCCAGGCAGGCCCUGGAGGCCGGCAGGGGAGCAGGGCCGGGACCUGGGACCUGCGAGCGGCUGCCGCUCCUCGGGGGCCUCCCUGCGCCCAGCGGUCCCAACGGGGCUGCGAUGUGCGAGGCCGCAGUGUCCCCACAGCCCCGCGGCUCCAGCCGAGCCCCGACGGGGCGGUGAGAGGGGGUGGCCGGGGCCAGGAGGGACCCGGGGAGCUCAGCCGGGGCCACCACAGGCCCAGCACCGCCGCGGGUGGCAGCAGCUCCACACGGCCGGCGGGCGCUGGGCGUCAGAGAAGGGCACCACAGGGCGCCAAAUAAAGGCUGCGUUGGGUGCUCUGGGCUCA